AUGAAAAAAGCAGAAAUGAAGAGGUUAACUCUGUCUAGAACACUGUGUGGGUUUGUCAAGGAGAUAUAUGGGGCAGAGGUGGUUCAGAUCUGUCACACACAUGCCACUCUUCUAGUGAUCACCCGCUGGACUGCUGUCACAAUAAAAAAAGUUGGGAUGAACCCCUUUGUACUGCUCUUGUUGUACACAAUGGGGACAUCAGUGGUGCUGGCAGACCACAACAAAGACGAAUCAAGACCCUCAGAGAAUCCGGGGCCCUCGGUAGAUCCAAAGCCCUCAGAGGAACCCACUGGCCAAAAAAGUGAGCCAUGCUCAAAGGGAUGUACCUGUCUCCAAGAUGACUACACUUUAGAGCUCAACGUCUACUGCAGCACACGCAACCUCACCCAGGUUCCCUCCGACAUCCCUCUGUCCACACGCUCGCUAUGGCUGGAUGGAAACCUGUUUGCUAACUUACCAGCAGCUGCUUUUGAAAAGUUGUCCAAUCUGGAGUUCCUAAACUUACAGAGCAGCAUGCUGGUAUCCCUCGACGCCCAUGCCUUUAAAGGUCUGAAUUCCCUUGCUCACCUGCACCUUGAGAGGAACAAUAUUCGUUCAUUAGCUGGCACAGUCUUCCAGGGCAUACCCAACCUUGCAUCCCUCAGUCUCAACAAUAAUCAGCUGUCUCGAAUAGAUGACAGGUUGUUCGCUGGACUCAGCCACAUGUGGCUGUUGAACCUAGGAUGGAAUUCACUGUCUGUCCUGCCUGAGACGGGGUUUCAAGACCUACAUGGAUUACGAGAGUUAGUUCUUACUGGGAAUCGUCUGGCGUAUCUCCAACCGCAACUGUUUCAGGGUCUUACAGAGCUCAAAGAAUUGGACCUAACUGGAAACAAUCUAAAAGUUAUCAAGGCAAAUGUGUUUCAGAAACUAGCGAAGCUGCAGAAGCUUUAUCUGGCCCAAAACCAGAUCGUGACCGUGGCACCUAGGGCAUUUGCGGGCCUGAAAUCUUUGAGAUGGUUGGACCUCAGCAGAAAUCGUCUAUCUGUGCUUCACGAUGAAACUUUCCUCGGUCUAAAGAGCAUACAUGUGCUUCGCCUGUCAAAUAACUCGAUCAGUAGUCUGAGACCUGGGACUUUCCGUGAUUUGCAGCAUCUUGAGGAACUCUGCCUUUGUCACAACCAGAUACGAGCCUUGGGAGUGAGAGUUUUUGAAGGGCUGGGCCAUCUAGAGGUGCUGAACAUGGAGAACAACCGGCUGCAAGAGGCACGCAUGGGCACAUUUAUGGGUCUGAAUCACCUUGCUGUGAUAAAACUUACAGGCAGUUGUUUUCACAGCCUACCAGAUCAAGUUUUCAAGGGUCUGUCAAAGCUCCACAGUAUUCACCUUGAUAGAAGCUGUUUGGCAAAAAUCUCAGCCCAAAGUUUCGUUGGUCUUACAGGUCUUCGUCGCCUUUUCCUACAGAACAACAACAUCUCUACAGUGGAGCGGCAGAGUUGGGAACUACAAGGGCUGCAACAGCUUGAUCUAAGAUUCAACCAGAUAACAUCCAUCACCUCCCACACAUUUUAUGGCCUGAAGAAUCUUGAUUACCUGCUACUGUCAGGCAACUUACUUCGCAAUCUUCCUGCUGAGGCCUUACUGCCACUGCAACACCUGUCUUGGCUGGAUCUCUCUGGAAACAGGUUGGAGCUCAUACGUAAUGCGACUAUAUACAUGCUGCCACGCUUGCGCUACUUGAACCUGAAAGACAAUGUACUGGUCAACCUUCCAGCUUCUAUCCCUGAUAGCUUGGAUCAGCUCUGGCUCUCAGGUAACAACUGGAAAUGUGACUGUAGUGCCAAACCCUUUCGAGAUUUCGUUCUACAGAAGCCACAGGUAGUUCCACUGCAGGUUGAAAUGCUUGGGGAAGGUGAGGAGCCCCAUACACUUGUCACAAUAUACAAUAACAUCACAUGUGCCAGCCCACCCAGCGCUUCUGGACUUGACCUGCGGAACAUCGGAAGUGAGCAUUUCCGGAACUGUUAAAUAUCAUUCAUUCUACUAAACCACAGAUCAGGUUUUCUUUUCAGACAUUAUAAUUCAGAGCUUCCAAUCAUGACUUUUAUUUAUCUCAAGAAAUAUCUUCUUUUGUAAAAUGAUCUUACAAAGAUCCUUAAUCCAAGUCAUGCAAACAUAACAAUAUUAUUGGAUAUAUAUCAAUACAGAAAGAAAAAAAAACUUUGGGCAGUUAAAAAAAAGACAUUUUAAUAACAACUAGGUUACUUGUGUGUGUGUGUGUGUGUGUGUGUGGUGUGUGAAACGCUUUAAGGAUGGACAAACUACUAAGUGGUUUCACUCCAGUAUCAAAAGUAACAUUACAGUAUUAUGGCUAAAAGUAUUGUGGCUUAAAAUGCUUUUUUUUAAGAAUGUGUAGUUCUUCCUUCAAAAUUAAACAAAUUGUGUUUGUUUGUGGUCUCAUAAACACGAAAAGGACAUUGCGCAAAAGCUUGUUUUGAUAAAUCAAACCCAAAUAUAGCGAUAUUUACUCAAUAUUGAUCCAUGCUCUAAGUCCAAAGGCCAGCCUUCAGGUUUAAACAUGCAAUUCCCCAUUUGUCUUCUUCAGCAACAUUCAAUAAUUAUAAUAACUUAAAAAUUAGAUGUAGCUUUAUUAAUACCCCCUGUAGAGUUUGCUAAUAACGUUAUGAGGAACUCUGAUUAGUCUACAUAUGGUUUCCAUUCACAUGACAGGUCAGUUUUUUCCGAUCACAACUUUUACAUUCAUGUGUUUACUAUGGGACUUUUAAUAAAAGAGUUUCACUAGA